CUGCAGUUCGUUCGUCCCUUCAAUCACAGUAUUCCAAAUAAUUUCAUAAUAAUCUCCCGCAAAACGUUUACCUAAAAUCCGAGCUAUAAUAAUACCAAAAUCUCUAGCCAUAUACGAAAAGAAAAACGAAAUCCCUUUGAUUAAUAGUACGGAUAUGAAAUUACAAAGUCUUUUUAUUGGUCUAAUAUCAGGGUUGUUGCUAUGGAAUCGGGUGGAGUCGAUCCAAUUCGAUCUGGAGUUGGGUCACACCAAAUGCAUAACGGAAGAUAUAAAGAGCAAUUCCAUGACUGUCGGGAAGUACCACGUUGUUAAUCCCAACGAAGGCCACCCUUUACCUGACACUCAUAAAAUAACUGUUCGGGUGACAUCACCUCAUGGAAAUAGCUAUCACUACUCUGACCAUGUCAUCGAGGGGCAGUUUGCAUUUCAAGCCGUUGAAGGAGGUGAUUACAUGACUUGCUUUUUCUCUGCUGAUCAUAAGCCUUCUACUACUAUGACCAUUGACUUCGAUUGGAAAUCUGGAGUGGCUGCCAGAGAUUGGACAAAUAUUGCCAAGAAAGGUUCAGUUGAAUUAAUGGAAUUAGAACUGAAGAAAAUGUUCGACAUUGUUCAAUCCAUUCACGACGAGAUGUUUUAUCUACGUGAAAGGGAAGAAGAAAUGCAGGAACUUAACAAAUCUACCAACUCCAAAAUGGCUUGGUUGAGUUUUCUGUCAUUAUUUGUAUGCUUAACAGUGGCAGGAUUGCAGCUAUGGCACUUGAAAUCUUUCUUUGAAAAGAAGAAACUUAUCUAAUAUUUUUCUGUCUUUGUUUUCCUUCUGGCUGUUGUAUGUUCAAUUUUGCAUUCACCAACAUUGUUGAAAGAGAGAAGCUAUAUUCUUGAUUCAAUGUUAGUGCCUACUUGGAACGCAUCCUAGGGUAAAUCCCGUCAGGAUACGUGGGUUGUGUCGUGUUUGGCUCUCCAUGCACAUUUAGACUGUUACCACUUUCCUUUCUUUCUUUCUUUCUUUUUUAUUUAAUUUUUUUUUUCCAGAUGCCAGAUACUCUGUAACUUAUUUUUGAAAUGCUUAUAAGCACUUCUAAUUUUUCGUUCUUGUAAACAGACUCGCACACUAAAAUGCUUGUAAGCAAUUUGAAAACGGGGUAUGAAGGUUAGUUCUAUA